AUGACCACAAGAGGCCCGAGCACUGCCAAUCGCAGAUUCUACACGCCGCCAGCGACGCCCCCAGAAGACCUCGACCGCCCUGAGAAGUCCGCGCUCGUUGCGAUUAAAGGCCUGCGACCGCUCGACCCCGUCAAUCCUCCGCGCUCGACGCGCCCGCCGGAUCUUGCGCUGCCGAAGAGGGGGGAGGAGAAUGUCGCGCUGUAUUAUUUCCGGGUGGGGAGGGCGUAUGGGAGUUUCUAUUGGGUGGGGAUUAAAGCUGUGUGGUUCAAUUUUCAGGCAACGAGGUUGUUGAAGGAGAGGAUUAAGAAGGAUGCUGAGGGGGAGGAGAAGAAGACGGGCGAGGAGUGGUUGAGGUUGGUGAAGAGGUCGGAGUUUCAGCUGCUGGAGAGGAAUAGUCAUGAUAUUGGCAAGUUGCCGUUGUUUGGUGUGCUUGUUGCGCUGUUGGGAGAGUGGUUACCGCUGUUGGUGCCUUUCAUGCCAGGUGUGGUGCCUGGGACUUGUUGCUUUCCUAAGCAGCUUGAGGGGAUGAGGAAGAAGGCCGAGGAGAGGAGGAGAAGGAGUUUCAGGCAAGGUAUAAGUGAGCCGUCGAAAGAGCAGAUCUCUGAGAUAUCCGAUGCCACUGUGGCAGCGGACUGGCCGAUGACCGGCAAAGACUACGCAGCUUCCAAGCUCAAAGGUCUCCGCGACGACCAGCUCUACCACCUCUCCUGCGCUCUGGACCUCCACAACCGCAUGUGGGACCGCGUCCAACUCCCCCCUCCCUCCUGGCUCCUCCGCCGCGGCCUCUCCAAACGCCUCGCAUACCUCACCAAAGACGACAAACUCCUCACCCGCGACGGCGGCGCCCCCAGACUCAGCUCCGAAGAAAUGAUCAUCGCGUGCGAACAACGCGGUCUCGACGUCCUCGGCAAGCGAGAAGAAGUCCUCCGCAACGACCUUACCUGGUGGCUCGCGAGACAGCACGAGGACCGCGGGAAAGGCAAUGCCAUCUUCACGAUGCUCUUCAGACGGUUAGCGAUGCGCGAGUGGGUGCAGUUGAACGUGAAAGCUAAUUCUUGA